AUGACGAAGGCGUGGAAAAAUGAAAUUAUUGACAAGUUGAACUCCAGCAUACAGCAGCGAUGUAGCUCUUUAUCUCAUCUUACAUGUUUCGUUUUCAGAAAGGAGCGAAACCAGAACAAUAAUAAACGAUAUGGACGAAAUAACAUGAAUGCGCCUCUUGUCUGA